AGGUGAGGCUCAGGGUCCAGGUGAUCGCAAUGGUUAAUAAUCUGUUAAUAUUUGUCUGGACUUCAACCUAACCCCCAACACUCCCCACAGUGAAGAAUUGUCACACUGAAACAGGUGAAAUGGACGGCAGCUUCCAGAGUCAGGAUGACCUGGAGAAGCAGCUUUCAAAAAAGCAAAACAGGACAGCCGAGACAGACGGAUACAUCAGAAAGAAGGAAGAUGGGAUGGAAGCAAAAAACGCAGUGGACAUGAUUUACACCAUUGAAGAUGUCCCUCCCUGGUACCUGUGCAUCCUGUUGGGACUGCAGCAUUACCUGACAUGUUUUAGUGGGACUGUUGCUGUGCCGUUUCUACUUGCUGAAGCCAUGUGUGUGGGUCAAGACCAAAACACUGUGAGUCAGCUGAUUGGAACCAUUUUUACCACUGUUGGCAUCACUACUCUGAUCCAGACAACUGUGGGAGUCAGACUUCCUCUGUUCCAGGCCAGUGCGUUUGCUUUCCUGAUCCCUGCCCAGGCAAUACUUGGCCUUGACCGUUGGAAGUGUCCCAGCGAAGAGGAGAUUUACGGAAAUUGGAGUGUUCCCCUCAACACCUCACACAUCUGGCAGCCUCGCAUGAGAGAGAUUCAAGGUGCCAUCAUCAUGUCCAGUCUGGUAGAGGUUAUCAUAGGUCUGUGCGGGUUACCCGGUCUGCUGCUGAAGUACAUUGGUCCACUCACCAUCACGCCCACAGUUUCCCUCAUUGGCCUGUCUGUCUUUACCACGGCGGGGGACCGUGCAGGAUCCCACUGGGGCCUCUCAGCUCUGUGUAUCCUGUGCAUCGUUCUAUUUGCUCAGUACCUCAGAACAACAUCAAUUCCUGUUCCUUUUUAUAGCCGAAAGAAAGGUCUGACCUCAACCAAAGUUCAGAUUUUCAAAAUGUUUCCCAUCAUACUAGCAAUCAUGUUGGUUUGGCUCGUCUGCUACAUCCUCACUUUGACAAACCUGCUGCCCAGUAAUCCAAGUCGCUAUGGUCACAAAGCCCGGACUGAUGCCCGAGGCGACAUCAUGGCAUCAGCGCCAUGGUUCAGAGUGCCCUACCCAUGCCAGUGGGGGCUGCCUGUGGUGACAGUUGCGGGGGUGCUGGGCAUGUUCAGUGCCACCAUGGCAGGUAUCGUGGAGUCGAUUGGAGAUUACUAUGCCUGUGCCCGUCUUUCAGGGGCCACACCUCCUCCGGUACAUGCAAUUAACAGGGGGAUCUUCACUGAGGGUGUCUGCUGUAUCAUUGCUGGUCUUCUGGGUACAGGAAACGGUUCCACCUCCUCCAGUCCAAACAUUGGUGUUCUGGGCAUUACAAAGGUGGGGAGCCGAAGGGUGGUCCAGUAUGGGGCUGGUAUAAUGCUCCUGCUGGGAUCAGUUGGAAAGUUCACAGCUCUAUUUGCCUCACUGCCGGACCCCAUCCUGGGAGGGAUGUUUUGCACGCUGUUUGGAAUGAUCACAGCCGUUGGACUGUCCAACCUGCAGCUUGUUGACUUGAACUCAUCCAGAAACCUUUUUGUUCUUGGUUUCUCAAUGUUCUUUGGCCUCACUCUGCCAACAUAUCUGGACACACAUCCUAAGUCAAUCAGUACAGGUGUUCCAGAACUGGACCAGAUCCUGACAGUUCUUCUGUCCACAGAGAUGUUUGUUGGAGGUUUCCUUGCCUUUUGUCUUGACAACACAAUACCAGGUACCAGAGAAGAAAGAGGGCUUGUGGGAUGGGGUUCCUCCUCCAUCUCCUCCUCUUCCUCCUCGUAUGACUUUCCUGUGGGGAUGACCGUGAUAAGGCGGACCCGGUGGCUCAAGCGCUUUCCCAUCAGCCCCUCCUUCACAGGUUUCAGGGCGCAUGAUGAUGAUGCUCCUCCCGAGCAGGAGGAGAGAGAGGAGGAGGAUGAAAGCCAGCUGCCCACCACCAAGUUGUGACGAAGCCUUGACUCUGCACAGAAGCAGAAGGACGCUGCCUCCACUUUCACAGAUAACCCUGUGAGAAAACGCCAUUUACAGGACUGUCAAGGUGUUUAUCUGUAACCCAAAAUUUCCCCACUUGAGCAGCAUCUGUUACCAUGGAAACAGAAAAUUAAAAGAAAAUUAAGUUUGA